UUUUCUUGAAAUAUUUCUGCCAAAUGCGCGUAUCUGCGGUCGAUAAGUUGUCUUAUUGACAACAAUUUCGACUGUUUGUUUUCAGCGAUGGAAGCUAUAAGAUGUUCAGUGGAAUCGUGGGCAGAGUUCGGUUUGUCCAACAGUGCCAACGUGAAGAUACUUUUGGCUGGGACAGCAGUUCUCUUUUGCUCUGGUAGCGACAUACUCCUAUUCAGCAGCAAGGACAAGAGACUCUCUGCUGUUCUUCAGUUCGACACUCCUGUUACACACCUGGCGUUUAGUGCCCGACGUUAUAUUUAUGUUCUCUGUGAGAAAGAUGGCAUUUAUUGUACCAGUCUACCACAGCAGUCCAGGCCUCCCUCUCCUCCUGUCGUGGAUCAAGAUCCCGUUUUGCAGAGAGUGGCAGAGGACUCCAUUCUGCUCAAAGACCCGACAAUUGAUUCUUUCCUUUUGGCUGAGGACCUCCUCAUCACUGUCUCUCGGGAGGAGGCCACAUGGACCUUGGAUCUUUACAGAGUUUCAGACGGCUCCUCCUCGAAGCCCGUCAGCCUCCGGAAACUAGCAGAGCACCGUGUGUCGGCCAUUAAUACGGCUCAACCACACGGGAAGACUGAAGUAAAUGUGGAUGGAAAAGACUCGUGGCCAGUGUUGAGUUGCAUCUACCCCAGUGGAGGUGCCUCAUUCCCAGGAGACCUGAGUGGAUAUCCUGGCUGUUUCCUGUUGGAGCCGGUUCUCUUUACCCUCCUGUUUGGGGUGGAUGCUGCCCUCGUCAACUCCCCUGUGGUCCUCCUUGGCUUGCCGGAUGGGCGCCUGUGCUACCUGCCCCUUAGGAUCCCCACGCCCUCCGCGCCGGGGCAGAGGGCGGGACCGAGAGUCCUGCACAGCCUGGAGCAGCCAGUCGCGUUCAUCGGAACCUCCUCCGUUGCCACGGAAACGGGAGGGUGCUUGCCAAGAAGCCUGGUUGCGAUUGGACAGACGGGGAGAGUGCUGCUGGUCACGGCCAAUGAGGGAGGGGGUCAGGGGAAGGUGGAGCGGUUCAGUGAGUUCAGCAUCCGGGGCCCGGUGGUCUGUGCGUAUCUCAGCAGCAGCCAUGUCUACUACAGCACCGCGACCGACCUGCUGUCUUUAAAGCUGAACGCACCGUCAGCAUCUUCGUCGUCCUCAGAUCAGCCAGGACCGCCAGACCCCCCCACUCCUACCCCCAUCAGUUUGAACGUCUGUGGUGUCAUCGCCAUGACACUGGCUUCUAGUGACCUGACAGAGGGGGGCGCUGUGGAGCUGCUGGCACUGUCUCGCCGUGGAAGGCUCCAGAAGAUCCGCCUUCCUCAGGGGACCACCGGAGGCAGCGUGGCCAGGCUGCCCUCAUCUCUGGCUGGGCAGAGAGUGAAGGACCUCCUGGCGGGGAUUGGGAACGUCUGGGAGAGGGCAUCUGCACUUAAAAACACCGUUCAGCACCGGAACAAGAGCUUGAGGCUUCUCAACCAAGUUCUCAAUAUAUGCAGUCUGAUGUCCAAUCAGAAAGCAGAAAAGCAGGCAUGUGACCAUCAGCAGCCAAUCAACUGUCACGGUGUCACUAGUUGGAGUUGUGUGCUACAGAACGAUUCCCUGAUGCUUACUUGCACUUUGGAGAACAACAGUGCUUUCACCCUAGAACACGGCUGGUCUCUCUGUGUCCAUAUCUAUCACAUGUCCGGUUCCUUCACUGCUGAAAGAGAGAACCCUUCGAGAACUUACACUUUCCCAGUCCAGAAGCUGAGCCCGGGGCAAAAGCUUGACGUGACACUGCCUCUAGGAUCCAGUCACUCUCUCUCUCUCCCUCUGACUGUGCAUUGUUCUCUCAUGUUCUCCAUGUGUUCUCUUGGUUCUCCAGAGGAUCCCAAUUUUCCAGAGAACACAGGCAUUCAGCCCUCAUCAUUACCUAUCCGCCAAUCAAACUGCAUCUGUCUGCACCUGAACACACUGACAGUAGACCUGCUGGACGCUCUCCACUUUGAUGCUAGCAUGUCACUCAGCAGCGUCUCCAAGCAACCCCCCGCCCCGCUCGACGCGGUACACACCCUCCUCGACUCCAGAGGAUCGGUGAGGGGUGACCCGACGGGCCAGGGUCAAAGGUCGUCACCGUACUCAGCAGUAGUGAAGCUCUCUGUGGAGCUCCUGAGAGCCAGCCUCAAAGCUCCAGGGGUGGAUGCAGGCGCAGGGGAGCCGUGGGCCAGCGUGUCCGCUCUGAGGUGGCUGCUGAACGGGUGUCCUGGUGCUAGGGGCCUGGUGGAGGCUCUCCAGAUGCCCGCGGUGACUGGGCGAUGUCCUGCAGGCCACACGGCCAGGAUGACCAUCAAAGAGGUGACCCUGAGCGACGUGUCCAUAGAGGGGCCAUUAACUGUCUUAGAGAUUCUGAUUGAGAGUUUUUCCAUGGCAACCGUAUGUGGACUACACUAUGCAGUGCUCCGACGCAUCCAGGUCCUGCCAAGACUCAUUCAGACAUGUCAUAAACCACACAUGCAGCUGGGAGAAGAUCAUAUGAGACGGGCUAUGCAGCGUGCUGAGGCGCUGUAUAAGGCCCUUCAGGUGGCUCUGGUGCCCACUGCCCUGGGAGUCAGCCCCAGCAGCAUCAGGACCAGCCACAGACUGCUCAGCAUCUACCAGCAGCUCAGAGAAAACCCACUGCUCAUCCUACGGUCAUUUCAUUGAAGGCUUCAGCGGUCAUAAAGAACCAUCUUUUCUGUACAUGAUGAGGGGAGGAAUUAAACUGAACAUCAGAUCUUCUACAUUUCAGAUAUUAAUACUAUAAACUAAGUUGUACGUGGUGUGCCGAAGCCCCUUUCUGAGAACAAUAACUAUAAAGCCUGAAUGAUGCUACUUUGAGGGAAAAGAAAACAAAGUAAAAGUACUACUAUUUAUGUAAAUAAAAGAUGGAUUUCACUC